CGUGGUUGAUAGAGUUACAUGAUAUGAAUUUAGUAUUUGUCGUGGUUGACAGAGUUACUUGGUAUCUGUUUGUUGGAUUUAAUAUUUAUCGUGGUUUGUUUGGCGAUUUUACUUGUAGUAUAAGUGUUGUGGAUGUGUCUUGUAGUUUCUUAUUCGUGGUGUUUUUGGGAUGUUCAUGAUUUUGGAUAGGUAGUUCUUAGUAUUACUCUGUGGAUGUCUUGUUUCUUCUAUCAUCCAGUGGGGUGUUACCAUAUUUUUGUUGUUUGUUUUUAUGUUCUCUGCUUGGUAUACUGCUAUUUGUCAUGAGUCGAGGGUCUAUGGGAAACAACCUCUCUACUUCAUCUGGGGUAGUGGUAUGAACUGCAUAUACUUUACCUUCCCUAGACCUCACUUUGUGGGAAUAUACUAACUUUUUAAGUUACUAUUCUUCAACAACAUUUUGAAAAUAUUCAGCAGUUUCGUGAAGGGAUUCUAGCGUUUUAGCAGUUUAACCUUGAACGAGUUCCGGAUGUCUUUGCUGAAGUUGCUGAAGUGUUUGAAGAAGAGAAAGCUGUAUAGGCUGCCAUCAACUUCACAAGAUAUCGAAAGAGACACUUAGACAGACAUGAUAAUAAGAAACUAAAAAUAAGGAGGUAACACAAAGAUUUUCGCGUGAAAUAUCCUUCACAAGACGAAAAGGAUAUCAAUAUAGAGAGAUUUGAAUUUAGUAUUCACACGUAUCGCAAUAUAAAGUUUCUCAACUCUUUAACUAUUUUUUCAUAAAUUUUAUUCCCACGACUUGUUGUACAACAUCUUUUAAUUAAUUUCCACACCUUUUCUUAGUGUUCACGACAAAAUUAUUUGACUUGAUCAGAAAAAGGCAAGACAAAGUCAGAGGAGUAGGUGUAAUGUAAUAAUCCUGCAAUCCAUUUUACAUUUGAAUAAUGUUUUGCUUUUAUAUAUUCCCUUUCUUCUGAUUGACAGUUUCUUUACUUAACUUAAAAGAAUUAUUAUAUCACACCUACUAGUCUGACCUUGUCUUUAUUAAUUAAAUCAAAUGAUUUGGUCAUUAACUCUAAGCUAAGGUUUGGAAAUUACUUAGAAGUUAUACAAUAUUCUGAGAUCUAAGUUCAAAUCUCUCUAUAUUGAUAUCCUUUUGAUCUUGUGAAGGGUAUUUCACUUGAAAAUCAUUGUGUUACCUCUUUCGAUAUCUUUAUAGGUGAUGGCAGCUUACACUGCUGUAAUUUCUCUUCUUCAAACACUUGAGCAAUUUCAGGAGAGACACCCCGUACUCAUUCAAGGUCAAACUGCUAAAACACUAGAAUCCCUUCAUAAUACUGCUGAAUAUUUUCAAAAUUUUGUCGAAGAAGCUAGCAAGAGUAGAUUUGAUCCUGAAAAAAAUCAAAUCUUUGGAGGAAAUAAUAAAAUCUGCUGCUAGUGAUGCAGAAGAUGUUAUUGAGAUGUGCUGGACAUGUGAAAAUGCAUCUGAAAGUUCGCUAAACAAGAAUUUGCGAAGGAAUUUGCGACCGGUUGUUAAAAGAAUAAAUACAAUAAAGCAUGAAGUGAUGGAGAUUAUUUCUGAUUUUAGCACAAGUAGUCGUAAUGAUCAUUGAAACAACCUUUCUACUUCUCUUGAAGUAGUGAUACGGACUACGUACAUCUUACCCCCAGACCUCACUAUGUGGGAAUACAUUGGGUUUUUUGUUGUUGUUGUUGUUGUCGUAAUGAUCAUCGAUUUCUUGAAUCUGUGGGGGAUUUCUUGACUGACAGUACUUCUUCUAGAAGUAACUGGAUGCUGCAACAUUUGGAAGGCGAUGUCGUGCGAGGACUUGGAGAUAAUAGUUAGAAAAUUGACGGAGCCGUUGUCCGAUCUAGACAUCGUCACAAUAUCAGGCAUGGGUGGCAUAGGCAAAACAACACUUGCUAGAAAAGCUCACGAUCAUCUGAAAAUCUGGUAUCAUUUUGACAUUCGUGUUUGGGUUACAGUAUCUCAAGUAUAUGGAAGUGGAAAUGUGUGGUUAGAAGCUUUACAUUGCCUUUCAAAGCAAACAAAUAUUGACAUCGAAAAAGAUUAUGAAAAGAAGGAUGACAAUGAGUUAGCCAACCUGGUGCAGAAAAAACUAAAGGGUCCAAGAUACCUUGUUGUAGUUGAUGAUAUUUGGAGUACGGAUGUUUGGGAUAGCAUAAGAACAAUAUUUCCUGAUUGCAACAAUAGGAGUCGAAUCUUAUUGACCACUAGAGAAACAAAGGUUGCAAUAUAUGCAAAUCCCAUUAGCCAUCAUGAGAUGAACCCCUUGAAUUUAGAAAACAGUUGGAAGUUACUUUGUGAUAAGGUGUUUGGACCAAAAUAUGACCAUCCUCUUGAGUUGGAAGAAAUUGGAAAGCAAAUUGCAGAAAAAUGCCAAGGACUACCCUUAACAAUUUCAGUGAUUGCGGGACAUCUCUCUAAAGUGGCCAGGACAUUAGAAAGUUGGAUGGAUGUUUCCCAAACCAUGGGUGAAAUCAUUGCUAGUCGUCCAGAUAAAUGCUUAGGAGUGCUUGGUUUGAGUUACCAC